AUGCCUACUUUACUAGAAUUGCCGUUGGAAAUUGCCAAUCAUGUUUUGAAAAGCUGGAGCCCAUUGAACGACUAACCUGCCGUAAAGUCUGUCGAAGCUUGAGAGCCGCCCUUGACAAGCUUGGAAUCCGUUUUGACACCAUCAAGCUGGACGUUAUGAGCGAAACCCUUUCAAUACGGUUUGAUAAGAUUGAACUGGAAUACACUGAUUCAGCUGUGAUCUACAAAGGACGGAAGACUAUUAUCCAAGAAAAAGAUUUCAUGGAGUUGGCAUUCAAGGACCUGAAAAUAGCAAUGAACCAUGCAUCUUCAUUUGUUCUGCAAAACUUUACAAGAAAUAAAAACGAGGUUCUCAAAUCUCUUGUGAAUGUUUUGGAGAACGGAGGAAGCGUUCACGUGAAGAAAAUAAAUCUUCUAUACCUAACAUUCAACGAAAUUCUUUCAAUAUUGCCGUGUUUUGAAGCGGACGUGCUGGACGAUAUUAAUUGUUUGCUCAUUGGCAAGGUUCUUGAUUUUGAAAGGAUCACUUUGCUGGAUCAGUGGAAAUGUGCAAAAAGCUUCCGAUCCACGUAUUAUGGUGUUACAAAUUGUUACCUGACAGCAAUUGAUCAUUUCUUUCAUUUCGAAGAGUUCUGUACAACGAUUGUUCAAUUUCCACAAGAAGACGCAAUUAAAAUUCGAGAUGACCUCUUGAAAAGAAGUAGUUUCCGGCGUUGCAUUAUUUGGUUUGACCCUGGAAAUCUGAUCGAAUUUGCAAGAUUGUUUCAACCAGAUUUUACUAUUGGUGAUGAAAUGGAUAUUGAGUUUACAAGCAGUGGAGCUAAUUUCAAACUUCGUCGUUAUAAUAAUGCUUCACAUUUGAUGGUUGAAAUUAGAAAAUGCUAAUUCCUUUUUAUUUUAUUUUCAAACAUCUGUA